UCAUUCUAGAUCGAAACUGUAUCCAGCGUACAUCCAUAUUUGGCAAGCUCUAAUGCAUUUGGGCCCAGACAACCCUGCUUGUUAUUAAUAAAAGUAAUUUUCUCAGUUAUUAACAUUGAAUGAGUAAAUACACUCAUUCAAAACUAUUUCAAUAAAAAACAAAACUUUUAUGUCCAUGAGUUGAAUCUCCUCGAUCCAAGCGACAGUCACGCGCAACCGUUCGUCAACCCAAUCAGCAGUCCUCGCGCUCCGCUAACGGCCUCAUAUUCUACAGUCCCACCCCCUAUCAAAUAAAACCGUUUACUGACGACGAAUAAUUAUCCAUCCAUUAAAGUACGCCGAGGGAAGCAGACUCUUCUAAGACUACAGCCAACAAUCUUAAUUUAUGCAUUUCCUCGCACAAACGGCGUGACUCUCCCACCAGCGAAACAACACCGGAAGCGGGCGGUUAAAGCGAGUGAGUGAGAGCUGAGAGUGAGAGAGAGGAGGGGUAGAAGCACAUGAAAAACUGCGUAGCCCACUGCUGCUGGAGAUUAACGGGGCACUAAGGUUGCCUUUCUGGGUCGUGGACGCUAUCUGGAGCUUUGCUCUACUUUUAUGCGCAACGACAGCGGAUUUUAACGACUGGUCAAGGUUUCCUGGGUUUCCUCUCCAGACGUUCCUGUUCUUAGAUGGUAACAGAGAGCUUGAAAUAAGAGAGAGAAUAUGGCAGUAUGGAUCCAGGCCCAGCAGCUGCAGGGAGAUGCUCUGCACCAGAUGCAGUCUCUCUACGGACAACACUUCCCCAUAGAAGUGCGACACUACCUGUCCCAGUGGAUAGAGAGCCAACUCUGGGAUGCAAUAGAUUUAGAGAACCCUCAGGAGGAGAUUAAAGCAAAGCGUUUAUUGGACAGCCUGAUCCAGGAACUACAAAAGAAAGCUGAGCAUCAAGUGGGGGAAGACGGAUUCUUGCUAAAGAUCAAAUUAGGACAUUAUGCUUCACAGCUAAAGAGCGCAUAUGAUCGCUGCCCCCUCGAGCUGGUGAGAUGCAUCAAACACAUUCUGUACACAGAGCAAAGGCUUGUGAGAGAGGCUACGAAUUCGAGCUCACCAGUAGGCGGGCUGAUGGACAGCAUGUCUCAGAAGUACCAUCAGAUAAAUCAGGUGUUUGAGGAGCUCCGAAUAUUGACGCAGGACACAGAGAAUGACCUCCGAAAACUACAGCACAACCAAGAGUACUUCAUUAUACAGUACCAGGAGAGCCUCAGAAUACAGGCCCAGUUAUCGAGCCUGGCCACGCUGCCCCCAGCAGACCGACAGUUACGAGAGCCCAGUCUGCUCAGCAAGAGAGCCACAGUAGAGGCCUGGCUGACCCGAGAGGCCAAUACCCUGCAGAAAUACAGACUGGGCCUGGCAGAGAAACACCAGAAGACGUUGUCAUUGCUACGGAAACAGCAGACGGUGAUUCUUGACGAUGAGCUGAUUCAGUGGAAGAGACGUCAACAGUUGGCUGGCAACGGCGGGCCCCCCGAGGGAGGACUGGACAUACUACAGUCAUGGUGCGAGAAGCUAGCUGAAACCAUUUGGCAGAAUCGUCAGCAGAUCCGGAGGGCGGAGCACCUGAGACAGCAGCUGCCCAUUCCAGGCCCCAUCGAAGAGCUGCUCACCGAACUCAACAGCACCAUCACUGAUAUCAUCUCAGCUUUAGUCACCAGUACCUUCAUUAUUGAGAAUCAGCCUCCCCAGGUGCUGAAAACGCAAACGAAAUUUGCGGCGACUGUGCGUUUGCUGGUGGGCGGCAAACUCAACGUACACAUGAACCCGCCACAGGUCAAAGCCACCAUCAUCAGCGAGCAGCAGGCCAAAGCCCUGCUGAAGAACGAGAACACCAGAAAUGACAGCAGCGGAGAGAUCUUAAAUAACAACUGUGUGAUGGAGUACCACCAGACCACAGGCACCCUUAGCGCACACUUUAGAAACAUGUCUCUGAAGCGGAUCAGGCGCUCAGACCGGCGAGGGGCGGAGUCUGUUACCGAAGAGAAAUUCACCAUUUUAUUUGAGUCACAGUUUAGCGUUGGGGGAAAUGAGCUGGUAUUUCAGGUUAAGACUCUGUCUUUGCCUGUAGUGGUGAUCGUCCAUGGAAGUCAAGACAACAAUGCAACAGCCACCGUUCUGUGGGACAAUGCAUUUGCUGAACCGGGACGGGUGCCCUUCAUUGUGCCUGACAAAGUGUUGUGGCCGCAGCUGUGUGAAGCUCUGAAUAUGAAGUACAAAGCGGAGGUACAAUCAAACCGAGGUCUGUCUGAGGAGAACCUGGUCUUCCUUGCUCAGAAAGCCUUUAGCAACUCCGGCAUCAACCCUGAGGACUACCGCAACAUGACCAUGACCUGGUCACAGUUUAACAGGGAGAGUUUACCAGGACGAAACUUCACAUUUUGGCAGUGGUUUGAUGGUGUCAUGGAGCUCACUAAAAAACAUCUGAAGCCUCACUGGAAUGAUGGGGCGAUUCUUGGUUUUGUGAAUAAGCAGCAGGCUCAGGACAUGCUGAUGUCCAAACCCAACGGAACCUUCCUGUUGCGCUUCAGUGACUCAGAAAUAGGUGGCAUCACCAUAGCCUGGGUGGCGGAGAACCCAAACAAAGCAGGGGAAAGAAUGGUGUGGAACCUCAUGCCGUACACAACCAAAGACUUCUCCAUCCGCUCGUUGGCCGAUCGCAUCAGCGACCUGAACCAUCUGCUGUUCCUCUUUCCUGACCGGCCCAAAGACGAGGUCUUCUCCAAAUACUACACCCCUCCACUGUCUAAAGCGGUGGAUGGAUACGUGAAACCACAGAUCAAACAAGUAGUACCCGAGUUUGCAACACCUAAUCCCGACCCCGCAGCAAAUCCCACCUACAUGGACCAUGCGGCAUCUCCAGCUGUCAAUCACCAGCCGAACUACAGUCUCUAUCCUCCCAUUGGUGACCCCAUGCUGGACGCUGAUGGCGAUUUCGAUCUGGAUGACACCAUGGAUGUAGCGAGACACGUGGAGGAACUGCUCCGUCGACCAAUGGAGGGCCAGUGGAGUGGCCAGCAAUAUAAGUGCACGUUAUUGAGUGUGAGAAUCCACCAGCGCAAUCGGCGCCUAUGGUACUUGCUACCGGGAGAGUUGACGAUGGCUAAGCCCCAGGCUUCUGAAUCUUUGGCGGGACCCUUGUACGAGCUCGCGACCACUCCGACCCGGGACGUGGCGGCGGAGACGGCGGCAGCGGCGGCGGCAUCGCUGAGCAUCGGCGACACCUACACCACGAGGACGCGCACAUACCUGGACGUUUCCGCGGCUGCCUUCGCCGCCGGCCACCCGGUGUACGGGGCCGAGGGAUUGUACUCUAACGGACGGUACAGGGAACACAGCAGUCCACGGAUCGGUACACGGAGUCGUGACAGUUCUGCAGAGAGGUGCCCGGGCACCGGGAAUCCACCUUGCGGUAUUAUGAAGGAUGGCUCUAAGCAGAGAGAGGCAAGAAAGAAGACGGUCUCCUUCAGCUCUAUGCCAAACGACCGUAAGAUGAACAGCACAGCUGCCUGCAUGGCUUUCAUGAUGGAAGGCUGCGAGAUGAAGAAAGUUCGCUCCAAUUCUCGCAUGUACAAUCGUUACUUCCUGUUGGACCCAGAUAUGCACUGGCUUCGCUGGGAACCAUCGAAGAAAGACUCUGAGAAGGCCAAGCUCGAGAUCAAAACCAUCAAAGAGGUUAGACUGGGAAAGAAAACACCUGUCCUACGCAGUAACGGACUCUCUGAUCAGUUCCCUGAUGAGUGCGCGUUCUCAAUAAUAUACGGAGACAACUAUGAAUCCCUGGAUCUGGUCGCAAGCACAGCAGACGUGGUUUGCACCUGGGUGAUGGGACUGCGGUACCUGGUCUCGUAUGGGCGACACAUGGUGGGUGUGGUUGAGCCCAGUCAACCCAGUGUAAGAACGUCCUGGAUCGGUUCAGUGUUUGAGUUGGCUGAUCCAGAAAGGCAAGGACACAUUGAUCUCUUCCGAGCCACGCAAAUCAUCAAGGGUCUCAAUCCUGGCAUGCGGGAGUCUCGCAUUGAGCUUAAGUUCAAAGAGAUACAAAAGGCCAAGGACUGCUAUGGUGAAGGAAUAGAUUUAGACACGUUUGUAGAGGCCUACUGUGAACUGUGCACACGCUCUGAGAUAUUUUUCUUGUUGGUACAGUUUUCCAGCAACAAAGAGUACCUGGACUCUAAGGACUUGAUGUUAUUUGUGGAGGUGGAGCAGGGAGUGGAGGGAGUCACAGAGGAAAUGUGUCGGGAGAUUGUGCGUAGGUACGAACCCUCCAUUGAAGGACGUAACAACGGCUACUUGUCCAUAGAUGGCUUUACACACUACCUCCUGUCAUCCGAGUGCCACAUUUUUGACCCGCAGCACAAACAUGUUUGUCAGGACAUGACGCAGCCCCUUUCACACUACUAUAUCAACUCUUCCCAUAAUGCCUCACUUUUGGAGGACCACUAUUGGGGCUCGUCAGACCUCAGCAGUUAUGUACGCGUGCUACGCAUGGGCUGUCGAAGCCUGGAGGUGGUCGUCUGGGACGGGCCAGACUGUGAGCCCGUGGUCUACGUCGGUAGUUCGGUUGCCUCCCAGCUGGCAUUCUGUCAAGUUCUGGAUGUCAUUAACCAGUACGCCUUUGAGAGCUCAGAGUUUCCGCUGAUCCUCUGUCUUGUGACACACUGCAGCGUCCCCCAGCAGAGGGUCAUGGCUCAACACAUGAAGAAGAUCCUUGGGGACAAACUGCACUCAGAGCCUCCCAAUGUAGAAGACCUCUACUGGCCCUCCCCGGAGAAACUCAAAGGAAAAAUUCUUAUCAAAGGGAAGCGUCUGCCUCCAGGCUCGCAAGACUCUGAGGGGGAGGUGACAGAUGAAGAAGAAGGAUUUGAGAUGUCGAGGAGAAUGCUGGGUGUAGACAAUAGAGACCAGCUCAACGGAAUUGGCUGCAAACGAUUACGGCUCUGUAAGGAACUGUCGGAUCUGGUGAGCCUUUGCAAGUCUGUACAGUUCCGCGAUUUCGAGACGUCUAAACGGGAACAGAAGCAUUGGGAGAUCUGCUCUUUCAAUGAGGUUGAUGCCAACCGCUUUGCCAAUGAGUUUCCUGAAGACUUUGUGGCUUAUAAUAAACGAUUUCUGUCACGGGUGUACCCCACGCCUAUGCGCAUCGAUGCCAGCAACAUGAAUCCUCAAGAUUUUUGGAAGUGCGGUUGCCAAAUUGUGGCCAUGAAUUAUCAGACUCCAGGGCUGAUGAUGGAUUUGAACCUCGGCUGGUUUAGGCAAAACGGCAACUGCGGCUACGUCCUGCGUCCGGCCAUAAUGCGAGAGGAAGUGUCAUAUUUCAGUGCCAAUGCCCGUGACUCGCUUCCUGGAGUCUCAGCCCAGCUCCUCCACAUCAAGGUUAUCAGCGGUCAAAACCUACCAAAGCCACGUGGUUCUGCUGCUAAAGGCGACGUGGUAGAGCCGUACAUAUACGUGGAGAUCCAUGGGAUUCCUGCAGACUGCGCAGAGCAACGCACUAAAACUGUCUCACAAAAUGGUGACAAUCCCAUCUUUGAUGAAAGCUUUGAGUUCCAGAUCAACCUUCCGGAAUUGGCUGCUUUGCGUUUCGUCGUCCUUGAUGACGACUACAUCGGCGAUGAAUUUAUUGGCCAGUACACCAUUCCUUUUGAGUGUCUGCUUCCUGGUUACAGACACGUUCCACUGCAGUCACUUACGGGGGAGUUUCUGCCCAAUACUACACUGUUUGUUCACGUCGCCAUUACAAACAGACGAGGUGGGGGCAAGGCUCAUAAGAAGGGUCUCUCUGUGAGAAAGGGCCGCAAGGCAAGGGAAUACACCUCUACUAAGACCACAGGGAUCAAAGUGGUGGAUGAGCUCUUCAGGGCAUCAACGCAACCUCUGCGGGAAGCAACAGACGUACGGGAAAACGUACAGAAUGCAAUGGUGUCUUUCAAGGAGCUUUGCGGCUUGACUCCGGCAGCUAACAUGAAGCAGUGUAUCUUGACGGUGUCGUCCUGGUUGAUGAACAGCGAGCGAACGCUACACGUGACGUUAGAUCUGAGCGAGGCCUACCCCAUCAUGGAAGCUCAGGGCCCCGUUCCAGAGCUGCUGCGUAAAGUGCUCACCGCUUAUGACACGAUGAUCCAGACGAGUCGCACGCUGAUCGAAUCAGCCGAUGGCGUGUACUCCAAACUCACACAAGCACAGCGAGCAGGGUUGGACUUUCACGAGGAUCUGCAUCGGAUCGGGGCAAGAGAAGGCCUGAAAGGAAGAAAGUUGCAGAAAGCCAUGGAGAGUUACGCUUGGAACAUCACUGUGCUGAAGGGCCAAGCGGACCUUUUAAAGCACGCGAAAGGAGAAGCACUGGACACUUUGCGACAGAUUCACUGUGCUGCUCACUCGUGUGGCCUAGCCAAGAACGGAGCCUCAACUUCCCCUGCCUCGCCCCUGCUGCCGCCCCACCCACGCCCCCUCCACACCAUCCAUGAGAAUGAGACCGACAACACCACCCUGCACUGAGACACAGAAAGAGAGAGAGUGUAUGUGUGGUUUUCUCUGUUUAUCUGUAUUUGGGAAGCAGGUGGUCUCAGGUUAAGAGAGUCAGGUGGGUCAAGAUGUUUAAUGACACGGGAGAUGGUCUCAUUCUGUGUGCUUUGCUGCUUCCCAGCUGUGUGAUGCAUCAGGUCUUAAAUUUGCUUCCCCACCAUGAAGUUUUUAGGAUUGUGAUGGAUUGUAGGGGUCCGGCUGCUCUAGAAACUGUGAAUGCGUCAGGCUAUCAGAUCAGACAUCUGCUAGUCAAAUACAAGGCCCAAACUCAAUUAUAUUCAACAAUUGAGUAGUUUUUAACCUUGCCAGACAUAAAGUAAUACUUCACUGAUAAGUAAAGCACUUUGAGCUCUCAGUUAAAACUUCAGGAAACAAAAUAAAGAAAAACAAUGUAAAUGUGAAGAAAGGCAUUAAUAAAGACAGGCAACAAUAGAUAAACAUAAUUGAUCUCAAGACUUGGUGAGCUCUCUUACUCCCCCUGCUGGCCCCUCUGCACAUUUUAUUAUUUUAGAUCUGGCUCAUCUAAAAUCCAUCAGCUUUGUCUUGAAAGGGGCAGUUGUCUAGGGGUAUCUAGUGUGUGCGUGCGUGCGUGCGCGUAUGUAUGUGUGAUGCGUACAUGAUGUAUUUGGAAUAAGGAAAAUAUGUAUCUUGUUGCUAAACUGGAAACUGGAAUGUCCCAUUUAGACCAACUCAACUGGGAGAACCUCUGGGAAUACAUAGAUCUCAGCUGAUCUUUCAAGCAAAUAAAUAUUUCAAUAAGUAAAGAAUCGUUUAAAAACUGUAAAGGACACUUUACCAUCUCAUUACGAACACCUCACACCCAAUAAUACACACUGUUUAUGAAUAUUCCGAAUAUUGUUAUUACUGCUGUUAAUAUUGUGGGUAGGUGUUCAGUAAAAUGGAGGUUAUUUUAUAUUUGCAGAUUCCAUCGACAGGUGUCAUUCUGUAGACGUUGUUCAUAGGAACAGGAAAUGUGAAUGCUUGGGGAUGAGGGUGGGAAAUAUUGUUUGGGUAUUUACUGUCAUAUUAUUGUCAAAUAACAUUUGGAUGUUACAUAAAAGCCGAAUG